AUGAACGAGUAUGUGGCCCUGUUUCCUCUACUUGUCGUGGCUUGUUCGCUGUCAGCUGUGCUAGGUCUUCACAUUCUCCCUUGUGAACCAGGCAUGUCGGGGCGUUUAGGAUGCGACAUUUUUUUCUCCGGUCAAUCACAGUCAUCAAAGUUUGGAAUCGAACCUGAAUUUCGAGACCGAGGCUUGGGUGACCUAGGAUUUGGUGAUCGCUUUGGAGGAAUACAGUCUGAUCAGUUCUUUGACACAGGAGUUCAAGACCAGUUCUUCGAUGGAGGAGUUCAAGACCAGUUUCUGAUGGGUGGACAAGAUCAGUUUAUUGGCGGCGGUGUUCAGGAUACAUUUCUUGGCAAUGAUGGUAGUUUCGUGUCUAAUGGAUUUGAAAAUGAUUUUGGAGUAAUUGACAAUUCAUUUGGUGGUGACCAGGGACUUUUGAUGGACAAAAGCAUUGGCAUAUCUAACGCGAGAGGAGACAUGGGUUCAUUUGGGAUGCAGAAACUAGGAUCAAGAGGAAUGGGAAUAUCGAGCGGCUUUGGCAAAGGGAAAUCCCAGGGAAUAUCCCCCAGUUUAAGUUAUCCGAAAGGUUUAUCGAAGAAAGGUCGUGGUUCCUCCUUCUCAUCGAUUGGUAAAUCAGGACAAAUCGGCUCAGGAAUGUUGGGAUUUGGAAGACAAAGAGGAUAUCCUAAAUUCCAAAAUAGCAUGAUUGGAAUGAACAAGGGAAUCUCCCGAUCGUCACUUAGCUAUCCUAAAGGUGGAUGGACCAAGGGCGCAUUGUACAAAGGCGGAUGGACCAAAGGCGGAAGGAGCAAGGGUGGAUGGAAUAAUGGUGGAUUAAGAGGGUGGAGAGGAAAGGGGUAUUCCAACUCCUUCAGUAUGGGCCGAAGCUACAGCAAGGGAAUGGGAAGGGGCCGUAUGUCAAGGAUGAGAUCAUGGGGUAUGCCAUAUUCAAAAGGAAUUUCCAGACCUGUCAUCACACCCAGUAAAAGACGUUCCGGUGGCUACUAA